CCGGAGCGCGUAGAGGGAUUCAUCAAAAGUAAGAGUAUUAUCUUUACAGUUUGUUAGUUCAUUGAGGUCUUUUGGAGUGUUUGGUAGUGUUUUGCGAGUAAUGCUCUUCGGACUCGCCAUUCAUAUCGAAAAAAGUUUGCCGGUACAAAUUGCUCCGUGUUUAGUUUAGAUACCAAUUUAUAAAAAAAUAUGAAAAGAUUUAUCUUCACGUGCGUUUUGUUCACUGCGAGUACAUAUGCGCAGCAAUUCAAAUGUCCCCCAAAAGACGGUCAAUACGAGGACCCGAUCCAAUGUGAUAAGUAUUAUGAGUGCUAUGAUGGCCGUGUAACUGAAAAGCUAUGUCCAGAUGGCCUAGUGUUUGAUCCGACAAUCCGGAAGAUCAACAAGUGUGAUCAACCCUUCAAUGUAGAUUGUGGUGAUCGUGUGGAAUUGCAACCUCCAAAAGGAAAAAAUCUUUGUCCUCGGAGAAACGGGUUUUUCGCUCAUCCAGACCCUGCUGUGUGCAACGUUUUUUAUAACUGUAUUGAAGGCGAAGCUAAUGAGAUAACUUGCACUGCUGGUUUGCACUUUGAUGAAUAUACCGGCACGUGCGUUUGGCCGAACGAUGCAGGUCGCCAGGGAUGCAACCCAGAGAAAUUGAAGGAUGGAUUUACGUGCCCCAAAGAACAGAAGACGGAUGAAUCUGGUCAGACUGUUGCUCAUCCGAAGUACGCACAUCCUACUGACUGCCAGAGGUUUUAUGUAUGCUUGAAUGGUGUUGAACCCCGUGAUCUUGGGUGUCAAGCCGGUGAAGUUUAUAAUGAAGAAACUGAGAGGUGUGAUGCACCGGAAAAUGUUUCAGGAUGUGAGGAUUGGUAUAAAGAUAGUGACGAGAAGAAACAUUAGACUGCAGUGUCGAUCCUAAAUGAUCGUAUACCCAUUAUCAUUGAUCAUUCAUUAAUGACAUAUUGUUAUUCAAAAAUAAAUAACUUUCCAAUACUUUUCAUUUAUAUAAGAAAAUUGACAAAAUUGAAUUUGAAAACUGAAUGAUCCCAAUUCAGGCAGAAUUUGCAAAACAGCAUAUUCGAGAAUUAUUUUAAUUCAUAUGUCAACAGCUUGCGGUUCUUGAGUGCACGACCAUUUUUUCGGAUUUCAAGAAAAUCUUUGUAGAAAUGUAAAAAAAAUGAAGCAGAUAGCAGAACAAAUAGACGAGGACCAAGGCUUUAGCUAAGUUUUGUAUGAUGUGCUUCUUGGAACAUUUCAUUUCCGCGAAGCGAUUCGAGCGAUUCAAUAUUCAUUAAAAUUUUAUUACAAAUGACCAAACCAGUAACAAGAGCAAUGCAAGGUCGAGUGAUGGAAUACAACGAUUCUAUAGCAUUCAUUAGAGCCGUUUACACAACAACCGAGCAGGAGAUGGGUUUGAAAAGUUCUACUCUGAAGAAAAUGUUUUGAAGGAUAUACAGUAUUCGGAAUCCAGCUUCGAGAGUCGUCUCAUUCAAAAUCGAUGUCAACCAACGAUACUAAGAGAUUCUGUCGUUGAAGAAACACUGGAGAAAGGAGCGAUUCAACCAUCUGCAUCAGCCUGGAUGCUGAAUUGAACGAUUGACAUUGUUUGAUUAAUGUAGGUAUUAAUGUUUACCAUCAGACCGAGUACAGUCUGCUUCCGGAAUAUGAAAAGUCCGGCUCAAAUAAAUUAAACUGAACAUGAAGUAAAUCACAAACAGCACUUUUAUAUUGUAGAUUUCUGUUGGAAUACUGGAUGAUUUUGACAUUAAAAAAACUCUUCUUA